AUGUCGAACAAGAUAGUUCUCCGGCAAGCGGCGUCGUCAAACCGCCGACAACCGUUACUCCAGAGCCAAUCGUCAAAAACAGCCAUGAUCGGCGAAGUAGUCGGAAGCACCGCGGCGGAGUGCUUGGCGGUGUGCUGCUGUUGUCCAUGCAGUUUAGCGAAUAUCUUUCUCUUAGCAGUUUACAAACUCCCGGCGGGUCUUUACCGGAGACUACUGAGAAAGAGACGGCGGCGGAGAAUUAUGAAAGCAGGGAUGUCACAACCGAAACGGCUUAACUGUUGUUGCGGUUGUUGCGACGACGUUAACGGUGUACCUCGUAUCUACCCUAUGUGUAUAAACGACGCUUCAGAUAUAAAACGACUGUACGAUGGUUCGUUUGAGGAUAACAAUGAUGAGAGUGCUAUGGCUCUUGAGAAAGAGAUGUGGGAGAGGUUUUACAGUGCUGGAUUUUGGAGAAGUUCUUCGAGGAGAGAAAUGGAAGCAGAAUCAAGGACAGAAAUAGUUUCUGGAAAAUUUCAAAUUCAAUUGAUUGAAUUGAAACAAACAUUGAAUGAAUGA